CAUGUUGACAUCAAACCAAGUUGGUUUUGCAGCAAUGCUAAUGCAAUUUUGUUUCAAGAACGUCCACAGCUGCUUAGCAGCCCUGUUGGGAUGGAUUUUUAAACUGGUAUCUGGCACACAGGUGCAACAAACACCUGUCGGAGAGAUCAGUCGCCUGAAGACUCGCACCAAAGAGCAGAAAGAGGGCUCCAGCACUCAGUUGACUACUCCAAGCAGUGUAAACUACCACUUUACCCGGCAGUGCAAUUACAAAUGCGGAUUUUGCUUCCACACUGCAAAGACCUCUUUCGUCUUGCCCAUUGAAGAGGCAAAGCGAGGCUUACAUCUUCUGAAAGAAGCAGGAAUGGAAAAAGUCAACUCUUCUGGUGGAGAGCCCUUCCUUCACAAGAGAGGUCAUUUUCUGGGAGAGCUGGUGCGUUGCAAACAGGAGCUCAAUGGCAGUCUAAUCAGAGAAACCUGGUUCCAGAAAUACGGUGACUACUUGGACAUCCUGGCAGUAUCUUGUGACAGUUUUAACGAGGACACCAAUAAAGUCAUAGGUCGAGGUCAGGGCAGAAAGAGUCAUCUAGACAAACUGCAUCAAGUUCGUGACUGGUGCCGGGACUAUAAGGUGGCUUUCAAAAUCAACUCGGUUAUUAACACCUACAAUGUGGAUGAAGAUAUGACCGAGCAGUUCACUGCUCUGAACCCAGUGCGCUGGAAGGUCUUCCAGUGUCAAGGUGAAAACGCUGGGGAGAGCAGUCUCCGCGAGGCAGAGAAAUUCAUCAUUAGCGAUCAGCAAUUCCAAGACUUCCUGGACCGCCACCAGAGCGUUAAGUGUCUGGUUCCAGAGUCUAAUCAAAAGAUGAGAGACUCUUACCUGAUUCUUGAUGAAUAUAUGCGCUUCUUGGAUUGUCGAGAGGGGAGGAAGGAUCCGUCAAAGUCCAUUCUGGAUGUUGGUGUGGAAGAGGCCAUCAAGUUUAGUGGUUUUGAUGAGAAGAUGUUCCUCAUAAGAGGGGGGAAAUAUAUGUGGAGCAAAGCAAACAUGAAACUGGAGUGGUGAACUGCUUUACUAUUGCUGUUUUUAGCCUGUGUUUACAU